AUGUCCGGCGGCCGCUCCCUCCGGCGCCCCUCGCCGCCGCCGCUGCUGCCGCUGCUGCUGCUGGCGCUGGCCGUGGGCAGGGCGCUGGGCCGCGCCAGCCCGGCCGGGGGCCCCCUGGAAGACAUAGUCAUCGAGCGGUACCACAUCCCCAGGGCCUGCCCCCGGGAGGUGCAGCGCGGGGACUUCGUGCGCUACCACUACAACGGCACGUUCGAGGACGGCAAGAAGUUCGACUCCAGCUAUGACCGCAGCACGUUGGUGGCCAUCGUGGUGGGGGUGGGGCGUCUCAUCACCGGCAUGGACCGCGGCCUCAUGGGCAUGUGUGUCAACGAGCGGAGACGCCUCAUCGUGCCGCCCCACCUGGGGUACGGCAGCAUCGGUGUGGCGGGCCUCAUCCCCCCGGACUCCACCCUCUACUUCGACGUGGUCCUGCUGGACGUGUGGAACAAGGAGGACACCGUGCAGGUGAGCACCCUGCUGCGGCCGCCCCACUGCCCCCGCAUGGUCCAGGACAGCGACUUCGUCCGCUACCACUACAACGGCACACUGCUGGACGGCACCGCCUUCGACAGCAGCUACAGCCGGGGCGGCACCUACGACACCUACGUGGGCUCAGGCUGGCUGAUCAAGGGCAUGGACCAGGGGCUGCUGAGCAUGUGCCCUGGGGAGAGAAGGAAGAUCAUCAUCCCCCCGUUCCUGGCCUAUGGCGAGAAGGGCUACGGGACUGUGAUCCCCCCGCAGGCCUCCCUGGUCUUCCACGUCCUGCUCAUCGACGUCCACAACCCCAAGGACGUGGUGCAGCUGGAGACGCUGGAGCUCCCGCCCGGCUGUGUCCGGCGGGCCGCGGCCGGGGACUUCAUGCGCUACCACUACAACGGCUCGCUGAUGGACGGCACCCUCUUCGACUCCAGCUACUCCCGCAACCACACAUACAACACCUACGUGGGGCAGGGCUACAUCAUCCCGGGCAUGGACCAGGGGCUGCAGGGCGCCUGCGUGGGCGAGCGCCGGAGGAUCACCAUCCCCCCGCACCUGGCCUACGGGGAGAACGGGACCGGAGACAAGAUCCCUGGCUCGGCGGUGCUGAUAUUCGACGUCCAUGUCAUCGACUUCCAUAACCCCGCGGACCCCGUGGAGAUCAGGACCCUGUCCCGGCCCGCCGAGGCCUGCAACGAGACCGCCAAGUCCGGGGACUUCGUGCGCUACCACUACAACUGCUCCCUGCUGGACGGCACCAGGCUCUUCUCCUCGCACGACUACGGGGCUCCCCAGGAGGCCACUCUGGGGGCCAACAAGGUGAUCGAAGGGCUGGACACAGGCCUGCAGGGCAUGUGCGUGGGCGAGAGGCGGCAGCUCGUGGUGCCCCCGCACCUGGCACACGGGGAGAGUGGAGCCCGUGGGGUCCCGGGCAGCGCCGUGCUGCUGUUCGAGGUGGAGCUGAUAUCCCGGGAGGAGGGGCUGCCCGAAGGCUACCUGUUUGUGUGGCACCAGGACCCGCCUGCCAACCUGUUUGAGGACCUGGACCUCAACAAAGACGGCGAGGUCCCGCCCGAGGAGUUCUCCGCCUUCAUCAGGGCUCAGGUCAGCGAGGGCAAGGGCCGCCUCAUGCCGGGGCAGGACGCCGACAAGACCAUCGGCGACAUGUUCCAGAACCAGGACCGCAACCAGGACGGCAAGAUCACCGUCGAGGAGCUCAAACUCAAGUCCGACGAGGACCAGGAGCGGGUUCACGAGGAGCUCUGA